AUGGGUUGUUUGUGCUCGGCUCAUCCUGAAUUCAUUAGCUCGACUAACAUGAAGCCGAUAAGCAGAAGGACAGUUGAUAGCAUCGCUGAGAUCAUUUACUCUCCAGGCGAUUUUAUCUUCUCUAAUUCCAAAUCCUUCUACGACAUUUAUGAGACAGAUCCAGUUCCUUUAGGCGCAGGCCUUCAUGGCGAAAUUCGAAAAUGUAGGCACAAAGGGACAGAUGCCAUCAGAGCUGUCAAGAUCAUCAAGAAAGAAUGCAAAAGCGGCAUUUACCUUGAAGAUGCCAACGUCCACAGAGAAGUAGAUGUCUUCAAAGCAUUGGAUCAUCCAAACAUCCUUAGGAUGUAUGAAUUUUUCAAUAGCAAAACUGAGUACUUUUUAGUACUGGAAUACAUGGACGGUGGCGAUUUAUGUGAUAAAAUAGCAAGCGGGUUUCAUUUUUCUGAAAAAAUAAUCAGAAGCAUCAUGAGACAAAUUUUGUCAGGCGUCAGCUAUCUGCAUAAGAAAAAGUUAGUCCAUAGAGACAUAAAGCCUGAAAACAUUGUGCUGGCUAGUCAUAUAAAGGAUGACGAAAUCACAUUGAAGAUUAUUGAUUUCGAUUUAACUGCUAAAUGCCCUCAAGGGACAAGAAUGAAGCAGGUUGCUGGUACUCUAGAAUAUAUGGCUCCAGAAAUUUUUGACAGGUCCUAUAAUGAGAAGUUUGACCUGUGGAGCUGUGGGGUUAUUAUGUUUAUCCUUUUCGCUGGCUUUAAUCCCUUCCAAGGAAAAAGUGAUGCUGAAACUAUAAGGAAAAUAAGGAGAGGAAGGUUCAAUAUUGAAAGUCCUCGUUGGAUAAAUGUGUCAAACGAUGCAAAAGAUCUAAUAAGGAAAUUAUUGGAAAAAGACCCUGAGCAAAGAAUUUCUGCUGAAGAAGCUUGCGCACAUCCUUGGUUUAAGGCAGAUUGGAAAGAAAAAGAAAGUGAUGAUGACUUGUCAAACAUUUUUAAUAAGCUUAGAAAUUACCAAAGAUCAUCCAAACUAACCGAAUCCCUAAGCACUUUUAUUCUUAGCCAGGUUAUGAGUUACAAGAAUUUCAUGAAUAUCCAAUCAGCAUUCCAAUCAUUAGACCUCAACUGUGACGGUGUGAUUUCACAGUCAGAGCUCGAAAGCUUCGCAAGCUGCUUCAUCGAAAGUUCUCCAGAAGUUGCUGCCAAAGAAAUUAUGAGUCAGGUUGACACCGAUGAAAACGGGGUCAUCGACUAUUAUGAAUUUUUAAGAGCUUGCAUUGAUCCCAAAGAAAUUCUUUGCAAAGAAAAUUUACUAAAAGCACUAAGAAUGCUUGGACAUGGAGAAAAUGCACUUGUUACAUGUAGUGACUUGAAGAAGUGGCUUAAAAGUGACUCAUGCUUAAGCCAGGAGUGCACACAAGAAAUUAUAGAUGAGCUUGAUCCUGUAGGGAAAGAAUGUUUUACACCUGGAUACUGUGAAAAUCAUAGGCAGACGGCAACACAACAGAUUAGAAUUGGAUUGUUAGCAUAA